UCCUCUUUCCCACUCGUCCCCCUCACCAUAAUCAAAGGCGCAGGCCACGAAUUCAUCGCUCUACCCAAAGGCGACAAUGCCACCGUCGCAGAUUUCCACACAACCCAAACCCGCACCACCAGUACCAGCACCAGCCCCACAACCCUAACCUCAGGCUUCUACAAAAUCACCGCGGGACCCCCCAAACCCGCAUCCUACACGUUUGAAGAAUCAAAGUACGUGCUUAGCGGCCAAAUCGACGUGUUGGAUUGUGCAACGGGCAUUACGCAUCACUUGGUAGCGGGGGACUUUGCGUUUUUCCACGUCGGGUCAAAGGUGGAGUUUUCGACGCGGGGGGAGGGUAUGGCGUUUUAUGUGGUUACGAGGGGGGUUAGGGUUGAGCAUGCGGGGUUGAAAGGGAGACAAGAGGGAGAGAGGGCCAAGUUGUGA